CAGUACAGCAGCACCAGCAGCACUGCUGACAGUACAGCAGCACCUGCAGCACUGAGGUGCAUUGACAUUACAGUUCAGCAUUUUAUAUAUGUAUAUAAAACAGUGAACUGUAUGUAUAUGCAGUUCUGUCCAGUCUGCAGCACUGCUAACACUGGACAGCAGCACUGCAGCAGUUUGCUAACACUGGACAGCAGCACUACAGCACUGCUGACACUGAAAUGGUUGGGGACAUUUCCUUUCAUCUGAUGCUUCUAUUCACCCAACAGUAAAUAAGUUCCCAGUGGCUAAUUAAGCAGCUAUUAUGGGUUGCAUUCUGGGGAAUAUUAGAGGUUCACCCUAGUGAGGAUCUUUAUACAAACCUCGGUUCAGGCUUCUUGUUCCCAACAACGGGAAUUAUUACAGCAGCUGCUGGCACCCAGGAAGGCAGCACCUACAGCACUGCUGACAUCCAGGAAGGCAGCUCCUGCAGCACUGCUAACACCCAGGACGGCAGCUCCUGCAGCACUGCUGACAUCCAGGAAGGCAGCUCCUGCAGCACUGCUGACACCCAGAAAGGCAGCUCCUGCAACACUGCUGACACCCAGAAAGGCAGCUCCUGCAGCACUGAUGACACCCAGUAAAGCAGCUCCUGCAGCACUGCUGACACCCAGAAAGGCAGCUCCUGCAGCACUGCUGACACCCAGGAAGAGCACCUACAGCACUGCAGACACCCAGAAAGGCAGCUCCUGCAGCACUGCUGACACCCAGGAAGACAGCACCUACAGCUCUGCUGACACCCAGGAAGGCAGCUCCUGCAACACUGCUGACACUCAGGAAGGCAGCUCCUGCAGCACUGCUGACACCUGCUGGAGGACACACUACUGUUACAGCUCACCUCAGGCAGAGGACCAGGAGAGGUGCUACAGCUCAUUGGUAUGAUGCUCUGAGAACCCCUGCAGUGCCAGCAUGCAAACUCUGCUUAUAUAAUGUGGCUGCAAAAUUAACUGGCAUAAAGACUGGCUAGGCUGCUUCAGCAGAGAUACAAUACUUAAAAUCCAUUACAGGUAAAUCAUAGAUAAAUCUUAAGAGCUCAUGUGAUAAUAUUUUAAUAAAAUAUUUACUGGCCUUCCUCAAUGACCAGUGUAAGCUGGGCCACCCUCAACACCCAGUGUACACCUGGGCACUCACUGUUUAAACAAUAACUUGUCCAUUUCAAGGGUUUCAUGUGUAGUAUAAACAGUUGCUGCAUUGAAAUUUACCUUUCAAUCAGAGGUAGUGAGUGUUUUACAUGAAUGUUGACCCCUGAUCCUAGAAUGUAUUGUGUAUAUGAACUUUGACCUUGACCCAACAAGGUACAGUAGUAUUUAUAUUACACGAACAUUGAUCACCUGCUUUUAGAGAUGAUGUGUACAUUGCUGAAUUUUCUCAUUUGUUUAUGCAGUGUAACUCCAAACAGAGUGUUCAAGUAUUACUCUGGCACUGUUGAGAUCAGUUAGUGUUUACUACCUGUGCACACAUUGCCUUAGCAGGCGGAGGUUUGCAGUACUGUAGUAUCACCUUCGCAUACACUGCCGGAGGGGAAAGCUUAUUGUCACUGUAUUGGAGAAUUUGAAGUAGAAUACAGUAUUGAUGAUCAAAUGUAAUUACUAAACAAAAGAUCAGAUCAUUAUUUUGAGUAUUAUUAGUGUUAAAUUAUUUCUUACCCAUUAUCACAUUAUUUUUGAGAGAAAUCAUUUCAGUAUUUAGUAUUUUUGUAUUUUAAAUGUUGAUAGAUUAUAUAACAAAAGGAAAUUAAUAAUAACAUUAUAUGUCUAUUAAAAGUUCAAACAACAUUUUUAAAGCCAAAUAAUACAUCAUUGUUCUUAGGAUUGUAAAAGUUUAAAGAAAGUCUGCUAAAAAAGAAGGCUUUUAAAAUAAAGGGGACAUAGUGUCAGGUAUCUGAUCUAUUUGGUGCAAAGUUUGUGUUAACCAGCUCAGGAAAAUUGAUUCAAGAAAAAAUUAUUAUACAUAUUAAUUAUUUAAAAGUCUUAAAAUAAAUCUAUAAAUGACAAAAUGUCAUACAGAUGGUAACCCAUGUAAGAGUUCAAGAGUUUAAAAUGUUCUUCAAAAAAGUCAUAUUCAUUUACCAUGCACUCUAAACAAAUACUUAAUAUUAUUGCUCACAGUUUAUGAGAGGUCUUAUAAGAGAGAAAACUUAGUAAAGUUCAGUGCUUAAAGCACUUUUUCAUAGUGUAACAUUCAAAAAAUUAUUUUUUUAAUUAGAGAAAUUGUACAGUCAAAUAAUUUAACAUAUUUAUUUAUAAAUCAAAUAAAACAUAUAAAAGUUUUCACUUGUAGAGAUAUCUGAUCAGAGUUCAGAGUCUAUACAGAACUGAUCCCCAAAAUUACAUAAAAUUACACAAAUGAAUACGCAUUCAGACGAGAAACCAUUUUGGUGUACAGAAUGUAUCAAGGGCUUCAAGCAUAAAUCAGAUCUAGCUACACAUAUGAGUGUUCAUAGAACAGAGAAACCAUAUCAAUGUUCUGAGUGUCUAAAAGGGUUUUCACAAAAGACAUAUCUUGAAGCCCAUAUGAUAGUUCACUCAAGAGAGAAACCAUAUCAAUGUUUAGAGUGUCUAAAACCAUUUUCCCAAAAGUCAUAUCUAAUAACACACAUGACAGUUCAUUCAGAGGAGAAACCUUAUGGGUGCUCAGAGUGUCUAAAGAGUUUUAAACACAAAUCAAGUCUAGCAACACACAUGAGAAUUCAUAGAGGAGAGAAACCAUAUCAGUGUUUGGAAUGCCUAAAAGCUUUUUCACAAAAAUCUUAUCUGGCAGCACAUAUGACAAUCCAUACAGGAGAGAAGCCAUUUCAAUGCUCGGAAUGUCUAAAAGCCUUUUCACAAAAAUCUCAUCUAGUAACACACAUGACAGUUCAUUCAGCAGAUAAACCAUAUGGGUGUACCGAAUGUCUGAAGGGUUUUAAACACAAGUCAAGUCUAGCAACACACAUGAGAGUUCAUAGAGGAGAGAAACCAUAUCAAUGUUCCGAGUGUCAUAAAGGAUUUUCACAAAAAUCACAUCUAGCAAAUCAUACGAGAGUACAUACAGGUGAGAAACCAUAUCGGUGUUCAGUGUGUCUCAAAGACUUUAAACAAAAAUCACAUCUAGCAGUACAUAUGACUGUUCAUACAGGAGUAAGACCCUAUCGAUGUUCAGAGUGUCUGCAAGACUUUUCAAACAAAUCAUAUCUAACAACACAUAUGCGAGUUCAUUCAUUACAAAAACUAUAUUGGUGUUCUGAAUGUCUAAAGGGCUUUAAACAUAAAUCAAGUCUAGUGACACAUACAAGAGUUCAUCGAGGAGAAAAACCGUAUCGGUGUACACAAUGUUUAAAACACUUUACUCAAAAAUCACAUCUAGCAAAGCAUAUGAGAGUUCAUUCAGGAGAGAAGCCAUAUCAAUGUUCAGUGUGUCAAAAAGAUUUUUCACAAAAAUCUCAUCUUACAACACACAUGACAGUUCACACAGGAGAGGUCCCUUAUUGGUGUUCAGAAUGUCUGAAGGGCUUUAAACACAGAUCAAGUCUAACAAUACAUAUGAGAGUUCAUAGAGGAGAAAAAUUAUAUCAAUGUUUUGAUUGUCUGAAAGACUUUUCACAAAAAUCACAUCUAUCAAAACAUAUGAGAGUUCAUACUGGAGAAAAACCAUAUCAGUGUUUGGAGUGUCUAAAAACAUUCUCACAAAAGUCACAUCUAACAACACACAUGAUAGUACAUACAGGAAUAAAACCAUAUCAGUGUUCAGAGUGUCUAAAAGACUUUUCACAAAGAUACGAUCUAGUACAACAUCUGAGGGUUCAUACUGGAGAGAAACCAUACAAGUGUUCAGAGUGUCAAAAAGACUUUUCACGAAAAUCAUAUUUAGCAGCACAUAUGACAGUUCAUACAGGAAAGAAACUAUUAUAUAUUGAUGCUUACAAUACCUGAAAUAAAAUAAAUUGUAAUUUGUUAAUGUAUUAAUUUCUUAUAUGCAUAACUUUAUUAGGGUUUAGAGUAUACAGUUUAAUAUAAAUUUGCUUUAGUAAUACAAUUUGAGGAAAAAUGAAGGAAAGAAGCCAUGCAAUAUCAACAUACAAUCCAAUAUUUGGGAAGUUGUGUAAAAAUCACAGAAAUAUUAAAUAAUUCCAAGAUAUUAACCACGUUGGUAUAGGUGUCAUGGUUGUCUUUAACAAGGAAAAUAAUACAUCUAUGUAGAAUGAAUGUUGUGUUGAAGUUGCUACAAUGCAGUACUGAUGUUACAUGUAGAUGGUGGAUAUUGCUACAUCUUGGGUAGGUUGUGCAGGUAAAUAGUACUGUAUUGUGCAGGCCAGAAGUGCUGUAUACUUCAUGUCAGUAGUACUAUACAGUGUAGACCAGUGGUACUAUACAGUGCAGGCCAGUGGUAUUAUAUACUGCAGGCCAGUGGUACUAUAUAGUGCAGGCCAGUGGUAUUAUAUACUGCAGGCCAGUGGUACUAUAUAGUGCAGGCCAGUGGUACUAUAUAGUGCAGGCCAGUGGUACUAUAUAGUGCAGGCCAGUGGUACUAUAUAGUGCAGGCCAGUGGUACUAUAUAGUGCAGGCCAGUGGUACUAUAUAGUGCAGGCCAGUGGUAUUAUAUAGUGCAGGCCAUUGGUACUAUAUAGUGCAGACCAGUGGUACUAUAUAAUGCAGGCCAGUGGUACUAUACAGUGUAGACCAGGGGUACUAUACAGUGUUGACCAGGGGUACUAUACAGUGUAGACCAGGGGUACUAUACAGUGUAGACCAGGGGUACUAUACAGUGUAGACCAGUGGUAUUUUAUAGUGCAGGCCAGUGGUACUAUAUAGUGCAGGCCAGUGGUAUUAUAUACUGCAGGCCAGUGGUACUAUAUAAUGCAGGCCAGUGGUACUAUAUAGAGCAGGGCCAGUGGUACUAUACAGUGUAGACCAGUGGUACUAUGUAAUUUUGUGAUUUAUUUGAUUUUUGGAUGCCAGUAAAGGUAUACUAUGUUUGAUAUUUUAAACAUUAAUGUAUGAGCUCAUUUGUUUAUAAUAAUAUAUUUAUAAUAGUGUAAUUGUUAUUUGAUUAUAUUGAUAUAUAUAUGUAUAAUUAAAAUGUAUUAUUUAUAAUAAAAAGUUAGUUCUUGUUAACA